AAGAAGUAACCAUUUUGCGGUCAUCGAUCCAACGCACAUGCAGCUUUUACCCAAGUGACCUCAGGUUGUCGCAGGACCAAUGCUCACUCUUGGGUCCAACAUUUAUGCAAGCCGGGGUCAACGCAAUAAUUCCACGAUAAAAUAUAAAAAUACUGAUUUGCCCUUCCACCGAUUGAGGUACAUUUUAAAUUAGCUAAACACACCGGCUGGUAAGCGGCACGAGAACAGUUUUCCAUGGCUGGAAUCGUAGAGCUAUCACCGGCUGCGGGCCCAGUCGAGACCCGGCCCCCAGAAGGCGAGAUCGAUGAAGAUGAAGAUGAAGAGCUGGAUGAGACUCUUAUGGAGAGGCUGUGGGGUUUGACUGAGAUGUUCCCUGCUACACUGCGCUCUGCAGCUGAGGUGACCGCAUCAGGCUCAGUCACUGUGGCCAAGAAGCUGUACAGUUACUCCCGCGUUGCCCUGUGGGUGGGCACUACCUCGUUCAUGAUCCUGGUCCUUCCGGUGGUCUUUGAGACUGAGAGACUACAGCUGGAGCAGCAGCAGCUACAGCAGCAGAGACAGGUCUUGUUGGGCCCCAACGCAGGGAUGUCAGGUGGGAUGCCAGGGUUAAUGACUCCCGCUCCAGUGAAGAUGUGACCGAUGUCCCUCCGACAGCCUUAGCACUUCAACCAACGAGGGAGAGUGGAGGCUUGGAAGGAGAGAGAGACAAAGAAGAGGGAGAAGAGAAUACAAAGCUGCAUCUGGUCAGCACAUGUGGUAAAAAAUCAUUCCAACAUCCAGGAUUGGCCAUUUUAAGGAGAUUAGAGGAGGAUGAUGUCACUUCCUGGGUGUUGCAAUAAUGUAUGUCCCUUUCACUGUCUCUCUUACUCAACAUCCUGCAGAGACUUCUGCACACUGUCUUCUGAGCACUGUUUUUACUUCAUUUCUUUUUUAUACAUAGCGAUAUAAAUAUGUAUGUGUUCCAGGGGGUUUGGAUCAGGUGGAUAAUUGAAGAAAUUUGAUUAUUAUUGUGGUUAUAAGUGGUUACCAAGAGUGUGUGGUCUGAAGAAAAAUGUUUUAAUGUGGGUGUGUAGCUACAUAUGGCCUUGAAACCGUUGUAACCUGUGUUUGGUUUGGGAAUGUGUUCAUUCCACUCGUGUGUGGGAAAAUCAUGGUAGACAUUACUUACAUCAUAGAUCCGUCAUAUUCACAAUCACAGCUGGUCAUUGAGAUCUAUAGUGUCUGCUGGUUUUCCUUGUUACCUCUCCAUCAAGAACUGGCAUACACUAGAGAAGCCAGGUAAGGUCAUUGUCCAUUGAGUUGGUGACUUCUUGGUUGAGGCAACAAAGACCAGUAGGCCACAAGACUCCAAAGACAAAGCCAUAGAUAGGGUGUUAAAGUGUUCUUUGUUGUGAGUGUUAGAAUUCCGAUUGAACAACUUUACAGAGGGAUAGCCAAUUUAAAAAGCGUUGGUGAUCAGAGUAUGUAUGAAAAAUGUAUGCACUCACUAACUGUAAGUAGCUCUGGAUAAGAGCGUCUGCUAAAUGACUAAAAUAUAAAUGUAUGUCACGUGUUGCUUGAGACUUUUUCAUUUGUGGGCAUUAAAGCCAUAAAAAAAAUGCAUCACAAAGUAUAUUUUAAUAAGAUUCAAACAGCACUUUCCCUACAUACUGUAUAACUCUGUAAAUAUAUUAUGUCAAUGUACACAUACUCCUGUCAAGCCUGAGAGAAUGUCAGUUACUUUUCUCUAUUGUCACUUUGGAAUGUAUGUUCUCUUAACUUUGCUUCCAGAGCGAAUUCUAUGUCUUGUGUUUUCGACUUGACUGCAGGAAUAAAAACACCAACGAAAUGGA